GAUCUGAAAGAAAUGUUAGAGAUAAUUUAAUCCAAGAAUUCUUAACCCAAUUUGUCUCAUGGACAGUCUGGAAAGGUCUAUGGAUCACUUCUGGAAAAUAUUUUUAAAUUCAUAAAAUUUUUAAAAUAUAAAGGAAACCAAUUAUAAUGAAAUGCAAAUUACCAAAAUAUUUUUUAGAAGUUCAUGAGCUCUGGGUUAAGAACUCCUAAUCUGAGGUCUAGCUAAUCAAAGAGACUUGCCUAAGCUCAAGAACACAUAAUUUACUAUGGAGUAAAUCUGGAGUCUAAGCCAGGUCUUUUGGUUUCAAUUCCAGUGGUCUAUCUACCAUGUUUCUUCAUCCAAAGUGUGGUCUCCUCAGCAUUCAGUGCCCUUGAAGAGAGAAAAUGAAUUUCCAUGCUCCUCUAUAUUCAGGCUCAUGUCUCAGGCUCAAGUCUCCGUGAAAUCUGGGCUGUAGGUAGAAGUUUAUUUUGGUUUUACUAAUAGAAUCACAGAAAUAAUUACAGAAGACAUAAAAAAAAAGUAGGUUGAGGAAAACAGCUGUGGCUCCUCUCUCUACCACUAUUGCUGCUGAACACCAUGGGGACCAGUAGCCAGACUGUGACUGAAUAUGUUGUUCGAGUCCCUAAGAAUAACCUCAAGAGAUAUAAUAUCAUGGCUUUCAAUGCAGCUGACAAAGUCAACUUCUCCACCUGGCACCAGGCCAAGAUGGAACGAGAUCUGAGCAACAAGAAGAUCUAUCAGGAAGAAGAGAUGCCAGAAUCUGGAGCUGGCAGCGAGUUUAAUCGAAAGCUUCGGGAUGAAGCCAGGAGGAAGAAGUAUGGCAUCAUUCUCAAGGCCUUCAAGGCUGAGGACCAGCCCUGGCUACUCAAAGUCAAUGGCAAAACAGGCAGGAGGUUCAAGGGAGUAAAGAAGGGAGGUGUGACAGAAAACACCUCCUACUACAUCUUCACCCAGUGCCCUGAUGGGGCCUUUGAAGCCUUCCCUGUGCACAACUGGUACAACUUCACCCCCCUGGCCCGGCACCGGACCCUCACUGCAGAGGAGGCUGAGGAAGAAUGGGAAAGGAGGAACAAAGUCCUGAACCACUUCAGCAUCAUGCAGCAGCGCAGGUUGAAGGACCAGGACCAUGAUGAGGAUGAAGAUGAGCACAAAGAGAAGAAGAGCAGGAAGAAGUCCAGUGAGCUCCGCAUCCAUGACUUGGAGGAUGACCUAGAGAUGAGCUCAGAUGACAGCAAUGGCAGUGGGGAGGAGGGGGAGAAGGUCUCCAAGACGAAGAAGAAGGCAGCUUCCUCCAGGGGUGGCAAGAAGAAGAAGAAGAAGGGCUCUGACGAUGAGGCCUUUGAGGACAGUGAUGAUGGGGACUUUGAGGGCCAGGAGGUGGACUACAUGUCAGAUGGCUCCAGCAGCUCCCAGGAAGAAGUAGUAGGGAAGCCCAAGGUGGUCCAGCAGGAGGAGGAGGGCCCUAAAGGCAUUGAUGAAGAAAGUGAAAGCAGUGAAGAGAGUGAAGAGGAAAAACCAGCAGAGGAAGAGGAGAAGGAGGAAGAAGAUAAGAAGGCCCCUACUCCCCAGGAGAAGAAACGCAGGAAAGGAGACAGCAGUGAGGAGUCGGACACCUCUGAGGAGAGUGACAUCGACAACGAGGCUUCCUCGGCCCUCUUCAUGACCAAGAAGAAGACGCCCCCCAAAAGGGAGAGGAAGGCCUCGGGCAGCAGCUCCAGGGGAGACAGCCGCCCAAGUACGCCCAGUGUGGACAGUGGCUGCACGUCCUCCACGCUGAGGGCAGCUGCCAGCAAGCUGGAACAAGGGAAGCGCCAGAUGGGCCCCAGUGACAUGCCUGCCGCCAAGCGGCUUCGGUUAGAUGCCGGGCCCCAGAGCAUCUCGGGGAAAUCCACUCCCCAGCCCCAGUCUGGCAAGUCCACACCCAGCAGUGGUGAUGUGCAGGUGACAGAGGAUGCUGUGAGACGCUACCUGACCCGGAAGCCCAUGACCACCAAAGACCUGCUCAAGAAGUUCCAGACCAAGAAGACGGGGCUGAGCAGCGACCAGACGGUCAAUGUGCUGGCCCAGAUCUUGAAGCGCCUCAACCCCGAACGCAAGAUGAUCAAUGACAAGAUGCACUUCUCCCUCAAGGAGUGACGCUGCGGCCUUGGGUGCGGGACACCCCCAGACUCACCCCACCAAGGCUUGGAGGGGGGAAUAAAAGCUACUUGGAGUUUU